AUGUCCAUCAAUAUACUACCACUUUCCUGCAUCCUGAUUCUACUUAUACCUGUCUCAUUUUCGUGUCUUGCAAACGGUGUAUGCGCUCCUGGUUUUGGCGGUUGCCAUCCUCAGAUUCAGCAGCACCAAGCAACAUGCCAACCGCCGUGUGCUCCAGGCUAUCAUUGCGGGCCAUACGGUUGUACACUAUUACGAACACGGGCUCAUGGCACAAAUCUUUUCAAACCAGAUUCGAAGAAUGAAGAAUCAAAAAGUCCUAAUCAGUUGUUCAUGGAAUGCUGUGAAAGCAGAAGACUUUCAAAAGCUUGCUUGCAAAAGUGUUCAAUUCAAGAUUACACCAAAGAUGCGUUGAUAAAUAUGUACUUCAAUCGUGAUCCGUGUCCAGUCUCUGCUGUUGCAGAAAUACAAUUUUGUGCUGCACAAGGACGCGAUCAUCGUCAAUGCUGCGCUCGAAAUGGAGUUGGAACAACAUUAGCUGGUGAUAAGUGCUUAAUAUUCUGUGACCAACGUCCAGGGAAUAUCACACAGUUGGACUACAGUUAUUUAAUUUGCUACGAUCGUUUUGAGAGUAUCAAAAGCUGUUUCUGGCAUGAUAUGACACAGAACUCUUUGCAACGAUUUUCGCGACUUUUUUAA